ACAAAUUGUAACUGUUUGAUAAAUGAUAUCUUAAUUCUCGAAUGCAAAAUGCUUAAUUCAGUUAAUUCUUCAUUAAAUUCUUUUGGUAAUAGGUAUUCUAAAAUUUCUAAACAGUAAACAGUAAAUUGUAUCCUAAUAGUGAAUUGUUAUUUAUAAAUACUUACUUAUCUAUAAUCGAUUUGUAUAAACGAACGUGGGUAAAUUUUCGAGGGUAAACACUAAAUAUGGAAUGUUUAUUGCUGUCAACUGCUAUAAUAACUUAUUAAGUACUGAUACAUGUAUGAAAAUCAAACAGCAUAUGUAAACAAAUCUAUACAUUGUACGAAAAUACAAUUAAAAUUUAUUUAAUUCAUUUUGAAUAAUUUACUAUGGUUCGAAGUGGCAGCGAUAGAGUUCAUCGUAAACGCUCAAGAAGUCGUUCACGGAGUCCUCGUCGCCAUCGUCGUAGUAGUAGAUCUCGAUCUCGAUCACCUCGUCAUAAAAUACAUAAAUCAAUAAGAGACAGAAAAAAGUCUAGAUCUCCUCGUCGUUCUCGGUCUCCGCGUAACAAAAGAAAAUCACCAGAACGUAAACCUGAAGAAGUACCUUUUGAUCCAACCAAUCCAGAUAAGGAAACUGAACAAAAAAAACUUGAAUUAGAAAUGCAAAAGCGCCGAGAGCGUAUUGAACGCUGGAGAGCAGAACGCAAAAAAAAAGAAUUAGAUAGUGUAAAAAAGGAUGUUCGAACUACAAUUAUGUCCAACCUACAAAUACCUUCAAAAAAAUGGAAUUUAGAAGAUGAUAGUGAUGAAGAAGAGGAAGCAAAAAAUAAUGCUGAGAAAAUGAUUGAAGAAGAAGAAAUUGAUCCUUUAGAUGCAUUUAUGCAGGGUGUUCAAGAAGAAGUACGUAAAGUUAAUAAAGUAGAUGGACAUCGAAGUAAUUUAUCAGAAAAAAAUUCAUUAAACGACCUUAAACAAAAUCUAGGAGUUGACACUACUAGUUCAGGUGUUGUGAUUGUGUCUGGAGUAGCGAAGAAAAAAGAUAAUAACACCAGAGGUGAACUCAUUGAGCAAAAUCAAGAUGCCUUAGAAUAUUCGUCUGAAGAAGAACAAGAAGAUUUGAAUGUAGCUGCAGCUAGUUUAGCUAAUAAACAAAAAAAAGAAUUACCGAAAAUUGAUCAUGCUGAAAUGAGUUAUUUACCAUUUAGAAAAAAUUUUUAUGUUGAAGUUCCAGAAAUAGCUCGUAUGACUUCUGAAGAAAUUGAAAAAUACAAAGAAGAAUUAGAAGGUGUUCGAGUAAAAGGAAAAGGGUGCCCUCGACCAAUAAAAGUAUGGGCUCAUUGUGGUGUGAGCAAAAAGAUUAUGGAUAAUUUAAAAAAACAUAAUUAUGAAAAACCUACUCCGAUACAAACACAAGCUAUUCCUGCUAUAAUGGCUGGGCGUGAUCUCAUAGGUAUUGCAAAAACUGGCAGUGGCAAGACUCUGGCGUUUUUAUUGCCAAUGUUUAGACACAUUAUGGAUCAACCUCCUUUAGAAGAUACUGAUGGACCAAUUGCUAUUGUUAUGGCUCCUACAAGAGAACUUUGCAUGCAGACGGGAAAAGAAGCACGGAAGUUUACAAAGAGCUUAGGAUUAAGAGUGGUAUCAGUUUAUGGUGGUACUGGAAUAUCUGAACAAAUUGCAGAAUUAAAACGAGGUGCAGAAAUUAUUGUGUGUACUCCUGGCCGGAUGAUUGAUAUGUUGGCUGCAAAUAAUGGCAGAGUUACCAAUUUAAGACGAGUAACAUAUGUAGUAUUAGAUGAGGCUGAUCGUAUGUUUGACAUGGGAUUUGAGCCUCAAGUAAUGCGAGUAAUUGAUAAUAUACGCCCAGAUCGUCAAACGGUUAUGUUUAGUGCUACAUUCCCUCGUCAGAUGGAAGCUUUAGCUAGACGUAUAUUACAAAAACCUGUUGAAGUCCAAAUUGGAGGUAGAAGUGUUGUUGCCAAAGAAGUUGAACAACAUGUAGUUAUUGUUGAAGAAGAACAGAAAUUCAUGAAGUUGCUUGAAGUUUUAGGAGUCUAUUAUGAAAAAGGAAGUUGUAUUGUGUUUGUAGAUACUCAUGAGAAUGCAGAUACGCUCCUACAAAAAUUAUUAAAAGCUUCCUACCCAUGUAUGUCAUUACAUGGUGCUAUAGAUCAAUAUGACAGAGAUAGUACAAUAGUUGACUUUAAAAGUGGUCAAAUCAAAUUAUUAGUUGCUACAUCUGUUGCUGCCAGAGGAUUAGAUGUUAAAGAUUUGAUAUUAGUAGUUAAUUAUGAUUGUCCUAAUCAUUAUGAAGAUUAUGUUCAUAGAUGUGGCAGAACUGGAAGAGCAGGUAAUAAAGGAUUUGCAUACACAUUAGUUUCACCUGAUCAAGAGAGAUUUGCUGGUGAUCUAAUAAGAGCUUUAGAAACGUCUAAUGUAUCUGUACCAGAAUCAUUACGUACCAUGUGGCUACGUUACCAAGCAAAACAAGCUGCAGAAGGAAAACAAGUUCAUACAGGUGGUGGUUUUAGUGGAAAAGGAUUUAAAUUUGAUGAAACAGAAGCUGUUAUGGCUAACGAAAAGAAAAAAUUACAAAAGGCUGCUCUUGGUCUUCAAGACUCUGAUGAUGAAGACAUAGAAGGAGAUAUUGACCAACAAAUUGAAACAAUGCUUGCUCCUAAAAGAAUCGUGAAAGAAGUAAAAGCUAGUGCUAUAGGACUUCCAAAUCUAACCGGCUUGAUGGAAGUAAAUGGAACUCCUCAAGCAUCAGAACGACUUGAAUUAGCCAAACGUUUAGCUUCGCGUAUCCAUAUUGCUAAAAACCUUGGUCCAGAUGCUAAAGGUGCAUCACAACAAACUGCAGAAGCUAUAUUAAAAGGGGGUCUUGCUAGUUCUCAACCCGUUAUCACUGCUAAAACUGUUGCUGAACAAUUAGCAGCUAAAUUAAAUACUCGACUGAAUUAUCAACCAAAAGAUGACGAUGGCGAGAGUGAAUGUGGAGAUAGUCCUGAAGCAGGAGUAGAAGAAAUAUUUAGAAAGUAUGAAGAAGAAUUAGAAAUAAAUGAUUUCCCUCAACAAGCUAGGUGGAGAGUUACUUCUAAGGAGGCCUUAGCACAAAUAUCAGAGUAUUCAGAAGCAGGAAUAACAGUCAGAGGUACUUAUUAUCCACCACCUAAAAAUCCUCCAGAAGGAGAACGUAAACUAUUUUUAGCUAUUGAAAGUACUGACGAAUUAGCAGUGUCUAAAGCAAAAAUAGAAAUCACUCGUCUUAUCAAGGAAGAAUUAUUAAAAAUGCAAACUUCUGCGCAUCACAUGGUCAAUAAAGCCAGAUAUAAAGUCUUGUAAUUGCUAUUGUAUUUUUUUUUUUUUUUUUUUUUAUUAGCUAAGUACAA